AUGCACUUCAAUUCCUUCCUCACUCUGGCUUCGGCCGUCGGUCUCGCCAACAUCGUGGCUGCUGACGACGCCCACUCCAACCUGGACUGGUACGGCCCCAAGCAGGUCCACACGCAGGUGUGCGGCCACCCGGGCGACGAGCGCCCCGAGAACUGCGACGACUUCUACAACGACGUCCGCGACGAGCUGCAUAAGAAGGUCAUGGGCACCUGCAAGGAGUCGUCGUGCUCCGGCUCCUUUGAGCACUACCACUUCCAGGUCACCGUCGAUGCCGUCUUCCCGCCCGAGGCCAAGGGCGAGUUCGACACGCAGAUGGGCAACAUCAUCGGCAAGAUGUUCACCCACGAGAACCAAAAGGCCAUCACCCCGACCCCGAUCGAGACCAAGUUCAGCAUCCCCAGCAAGAUGAUCCUGAACCGCUUCGGCGACGGCAACGAAAAGGGUCACCUCACGAUGACCGUCACGGUGGACGACGAGGAUGGUCUCUGCGAGCUGUUCAAGAAGAUCGGUACCGCUGGCAGCGUGAUUCCUGAAGUUGGCCCCUUCUUCGGCCUGAUCAACCUGGCCGACUGUUAA